CCCACUGAUUCGCCAAAACGACACGAUUUCAACCUUCAUCUCGAAUUCGCCGUCUUUCUUUCCUAUGUCCCGGCCAUGGCGCAUUGAGCGAUGGAUGGCGCCAAGGUAACCCCCGGGCGCACGGCAGGCCUGUAUGCCGGCGCUGCUGUUCUGCGGCUUGCCAUCUGCACUCUCCUCCCCCAACUGCCCGAUCUGCUGACCGGUCGCGUCGAGAUUUCGACUCCUGUCACGAGCUUCAAGCGAUUGCAGGAAGGUCUCUUCCUAUACAACCACAAUGUCUCCCCCUACGACGGGGGCGUCUACCACCAGGCGCCCCUUUUCCUGCCCCUCUUUUCGCUACUCCCAGACUUCUCGAGCCUUCCGAUCUUUACCUACCUCCUCUACAUUGCGGCGGAUCUGCUGAGCGCGCGGGCGCUGUGGAGAAUUGUAGACUCGGGCGAGGCCGGAUCGUCCGCCCUGUUCACGUCCCCGCGCAGAGAAAAGCGCUGGAGCGGCUUUACCAUCGCUGCUCUCUUCCUGUUCAACCCCUUCACCGUGGCCACAUGCCUCGGACGAUCAACCAGCGUCUUCACCACCUGCGCCAUCCUCCACGCCAUCGCCAAGGCCGUCUCCGGCGCCCCCUUCGGCGCCAUGGUUGCUCUGUCCUUCGCCAGCUACCUCUCCAUGUACCCGCUGCUGCUGCUCCCGCCACUCGUCCUCCUCAGCUACGACAGGCAGCGCCCCGAACGCGCCACCAAAUCCGCCCUCAAGUUCGCCGCUACCUGCGUCUUCGUCGUCGCCGGUGUCCUGGCGGUGCUCUUUCAAAUGUCGUACCUCGUCACCGGCUCCUGGGAGUUCCUCCCGUCCACCUACGGCGUGCAGCUGACGCUGUCGGACCUCACGCCCAACGUCGGCCUGUGGUGGUACUUCUUCGUCGAGAUGUUCGACUCAUUCCGCUCCUUUUUCCUCGCGGUCUUCUGGCUGCACCUGGCGAGCUACGUCGGGGGGCUAACCAUAAGGAUUCGCCGCCAGCCGCUUGUCGUGCUGACCCUGCUGUUGGGCAUCUUUGGCAUCUUCAAGCCGUACCCCAGUAUCAGCGACACGUCGCUGUUUCUGGCGCUCGUCCCGCUUUACCGCCACGUCUUUCCACUCAUGAGGUACACGUUUGUCAUUGCCGCGGUUAUCUUGUACGCUACCUUCCUUGGCCCGGCGUUCUACCACCUGUGGAUCUACGCGGGCAGUGGCAACGCAAACUUCUUUUAUGCCAUCACGCUGGUGUGGGGCCUUGGGCAGAGUCUGCUGGUGUGCGAUCUCAUGUUUGCAGUGCUGAGGGACGAGUGGGAAGUCGAGAGGCCCGAGAUGGUAGGCAAGGAGAUCCGGCAGAUAUAAUGGGGAGGUUGCGGUUAUACAAGUACAAUUGUCGGAUGUGGAAUACUAUUAUAGUCGACUCGGAAGCUUGUCGAUGAACCGAAGAAACUGCUGGCCGCUCUGAGCGCCGCUCGACUUGGGACCGAUCCGGCUGUCUUGCACGCUGAUUACGAGAACUGAACUGACUGCCCAGUUGCGAGUCGCGCCGGCAACGAAUCGAGGAACCUGAACAGAAGCGACUGAACAAACUGAACCGAAGCGGCUGCUAUAAGCGGCCGAAGACCUGACGAACUGACUAUACUACUACUGAACGAAUGGAGAUACGAUAAUAUCUGAGAGCGACUUAUUAGAGUAUUCCUAUAUAGGGACUUCCGAGGAAAGAGCGUUGUAGAGUAGUCUACUUAAUACUAGAGCUUAUAACUGCAGCUAUGACCCGGAGGAAAAUGAACAACUGUUGAACUG